GCGAAUUUGGGGCUCCCAUUCUGCAUUGGGUCGGCAUCAUGAACAUGGUCAAGGACAAGCCGGCGAUCUCGGGUGCUCUUGCGCGCCACAAGGGAAACAUCGCUGCAUGGACAGGUCUCUUCGCCUUUGUGCUCUUCAGCUAUCACUUCCUCAGCGAUGGUGACUUUUCCUUCCUCAUGACGUUUGGUUCGUUUGUUCGUGCGUUUGGGUUUGGCAUCUUGAUCUUCAAGUCCCUUACGCAAAAGUCGGUGUCUGGUCUAUCGCUCAAGACGUUGCAACUCUACGGCUUCGUGUUCUUCUUUCGCCUGUGCUCGAUUACGCGGUAUCAAGGAUACCUCCCUUACGACCGAAGCGGCGAUUGGCUCUACACGUUUAUCGAGUUUGUGGGCCUCGGCUUGACUCUUGCCGUGAUUUUCCUUGUCACGGUGCAGUUCCGCGGAUCGUACGACUUUAAGUUUGACACGUUUGGCCACUUGCACGUGCCCAGCGAAUACGGCAUCGUUUACAUUCUGGUUCCAUCCAUCCUUCUCGGCAUGUUGAUCCACCCGAACCUGAAUAUGAACUGGUUUGCCGACGUGUCGUGGACCAUUGCGUUGUACAUUGAAGCGAUUGCAAUCUUGCCGCAAUUGUUCAUGUUUCAGAAGCGGGGCGGCGGUGCUGUCGAGACGUGCAUUUCGCACUGGGUGUACGCCUUGGCGUUUGGCAGCUUCCUUCACCUUUGGUUUUGGCUCUUUUCGUACCACGAGCUCGGGGAAAAGAACGCUGGGCACCAUGUGGGAUACACUGUCAUCUUUGUCCAAAUCGGCCACAUGCUGAUGAUGGGCGACUUCUUGUACUACUACUUCAAGAGCAUGAAGGACGGCGGUCCGAUGAUGCUACCCACGCAUGGCGAUUUCCAGGCGUAGGUCGGGUAGCGUUGCAUAUUUUACAACAUGACGAUGCAUCAUUUCAA